AUGGAGGUCGAGCGUCUAAGAAACCUGUCGGUCUUGCCUUUACUCGCGGCGGUUCCUCUCGCCUUGGUGGGCUAUCUCGUCGCCCUCUGUGUCUAUCGCAUCUGGUUCCACCCUCUGGCAAAAUUCCCCGGGCCUUUUCUGGGCAAGAUCACCAACCUCUACGGCGGAUACUAUGCAUGGACGGGAGAUCUGCAUCUGGACAUGACGCGGUGCCAUGAGAAAUAUGGCAACAUUGUUCGAUAUGCCCCGGACCGCGUCCUUUUCAACACCAACACCGGAUUAAAAGCAGACAUCUACGCAUUCACCAAGAACUUCCAGAAAUCAGCCGCCUACGGAGCCAUGGUCCACCGCGCCCCCAACACCCUAACCCUAAUCGACAAGAAACAGCAUGGUCGCAAACGGCGCAUCAUCGGCCAGGGGUUUGGCGACAAUGCCCUCCGUGGAUACGAGGAUACCAUCAUGGAGCUUGUGCGCCGGUUUUGCGACUCGCUGGCCAACGACAUUCCACAGGGCAAGGCGGGCGAAUGGUCUUCUCCGCAGAACAUGGCCAAAUGGUCAAACUACCUGACCUUCGAUAUCAUGUCCAGCCUCAUCUUCGGCGAGAAUUUCGAUCUCCUCGGCAGCCCCGAGAAUCGCGAGAUCGUCAAGCGCAUCGAGGACUCCAACGUGCGCACAGGAGUCCUCCUCCAGGCGGGCGAGUUGGCCACUCGCCGGCUCGACCGCAGGCUCUUCCCCGACGCCAUCGUCGGCCGCAAUUACUUUAUUCGCUUCGUCAACCAGCUGCUUCAGAAGCGCAUGUCCGCCAAGCCCUUGAAGCGCAAGGAUGUCUUCUCCUUCCUGCUGGAUGCCAUCGAUCCGGAGACCCAGCAGGGCUUCACCCCUGCCGAGAUUGGGGCCGAGAGCACCACCAUGAUCGUCGCCGGAUCGGAUACCUCUUCCACCGCGAUUGCAUCGACCUUCUUCUACCUCUGCCGCCACCCGGAUGUCUACGACAAGGUCAAGAACGAGGUUCGCGCCGCCUUUGCCGGCCCGGAAGAUGUCACUCUCGGCGCCUCUCUCACGAGCUGUGUCUAUCUCCGGGCCUGCAUCGAUGAGAGUCUCCGCAUGUCUCCCCCGGCAAGCAGCUCCCUGUGGCGCGAGGUGAUGCAGGAUGGCGUCGUGAUCGACGGCCACCCCGUUCCUCGUGGCUACGACGUGGGCACCUGCAUCUAUGCCAUCCAGCACAACCCCGAGUACUACCCGGAGCCCUUUGAGUACAGACCGGAGCGCUGGCUCGACGCGCCAGACAAGGUCCAGCUCGCCCGUUCUGCAUUCAACCCCUUCUCGAUUGGGCCGCGCAGCUGUCUGGGCAAGGGAUUGGCCCUGACCGAGCUGACGCUGACCAUGGCCUAUCUGUUGUCCAAGUAUGACUUCCGUCCUGCACCCGGCUCGGAGAAGGUGGGCGGUGGCUCGAUAUCCCAGGGACCGGGACGCCAUCGCGAAGAGGAGUACCAGCUUCAUGACCAUGUCACUGCGUCCAAGAAUGGGCCUAUUGUGCAGGUCCGGAUGCGCCAAUUCUAGUUCCGCUUGCCAGAUCUCGGAG